AUGGCACCCUCAACAAAGAAGCGCGGCAGGGACGAUGAAGACGACGGCCCAGCGCCCAGCGGGCCAGCCACGAAAGCCAAGCGGGCGGAGCGCAAGAAGCGGCAGGAGGAGGUGGCAAAAGCAGAGGACCUGGGGCUGGAGCCCCCGGCCAGGAAGCAGCAGCGGACUAUUGAGAACACGCGGGAAAAGGAUGUGACAACCGUCGAGGCGGGGGACGAGGAGAUCGAGCUGGACGAGGGGGACGACGAGUUCGCGGCCCACUUUGCGCGGCGGCGGGAGCCCAAGGUCCUUCUGACCACCUGCUACAAGCCCUCGGGCAUCAUGUACGCCUUCCUGUCAGAGAUGCUGGAGACGCUGCCUUGCGCGGAGUACUACAAGCGGCAGGGCUUCCCUCUCAAAAAGAUCGUCAAGUUCGCGUCAAACAGGGACUUCACGGAUCUGAUCGUGUUCAACGAGGACCGCAAGGGCAUCAACGGGCUGCUGCUGGUCCACCUUCCAGACGGCCCCACCGCCCACUUCAAGAUCAGCAACCUCGUGCUGGGGCGCGACAUCAAG